GAUGGGAUUCCGAAGGAAAGUAGCCCAUUUAUUAACAGUGCCGAGAUGGACAGAGGAAAUAUCUAUGAAGGGAAAAAUAUGGCUCUCUUUGAGGAAGAAAUGGAUAGCAACCCCAUGGUAUCAUCUCUUCUUAAUAAGCUAGCAAAUUAUACCAAUCUGACUCAGGGAGUGGUAGAACAUGAAGCAGAUGAAGACAGCAAACGAAAAGAAAUCAAGGCUCCACGAAUGGGUACUUUUAUUGGUGUGUACCUUCCCUGCUUGCAAAACAUUUUAGGAGUCAUUCUUUUCCUACGUUUGACGUGGAUCGUUGGAACAUCUGGAGUUCUUGAAUCUUUCAUCAUUGUGUUCAUGUGCUGUGCUUGUACUAUGCUGACUGCAAUUUCAAUGAGCGCAAUAGCAACAAAUGGCGUAGUUCCAGCUGGUGGCUCUUACUACAUGAUUUCAAGAUCUUUAGGGCCAGAGUUUGGCGGAGCAGUGGGACUCUGUUUUUACUUGGGUACAACUUUUGCAGGAGCUAUGUAUAUUCUUGGUACCAUUGAAAUUUUGUUGACAUAUAUUUCUCCCAGUGCUGCUAUAUUUAAAGCAGAAGAUGCUGAUGGAGAAACAGAGGCCAUGUUAAACAACAUGAGAGUUUACGGGACGUGUAUUGUCGCUCUGAUGGCCAUAGUAGUCUUUGUAGGAGUUAAAUAUGUCAACAAACUUGCACUGGUCUUCCUAUCUUGUGUGAUUCUUUCCAUCUUUGCCAUUUAUGCUGGCGUUAUUAAAACUGCAUUUGACCCACCAGACUUUCCUAUUUGUCUUCUUGGAAACCGUACAUUGUCAAGACGCAACUUUGAUAUUUGUGCCAAAUUUAUUGAGGUAAACAAUGAAACAGUGACAACGAAGCUAUGGAGUCUCUUCUGUGAUAAUCCGUCGCUCAAUGCCACAUGUGAUGAAUACUUUAACCUAAAUAACGUGACAGAAAUUCAAGGGAUUCCUGGAAUUGCUAGUGGAGUUCUAAUUGAUAACCUGUGGAGUGCCUAUACAGACAAAGGAUCAAUUAUUGAAAAAAAAGGUCACCCAUCAGUUACUGGAACAGAAGAGACAAAAGUUGGAGGACUCCCAUAUGUUUUUACAGACAUUAUGACCUACUUCACAGUGCUAGUAGGGAUUUAUUUCCCAUCUGUGACAGGUAUUAUGGCAGGAUCAAACAGAUCUGGAGAUCUUAGGGAUGCUCAGAAAUCUAUUCCUACUGGAACAAUUUUGGCUAUUUCAACUACAUCCUUUAUCUAUCUAUCCUGCAUUGUAUUGUUUGGUGCAUGUAUAGAAGGUGUGAUAUUAAGAGAUAAGUUUGGAGAAGCAGUUAAUGGAAACCUAGUGAUUGGUACAUUGGCAUGGCCUUCUCCAUGGGUAAUUGUAAUUGGUUCAUUCUUCUCUACAUGUGGUGCUGGUCUACAGAGUCUUACUGGUGCACCCCGGCUGUUGCAGGCUAUUGCAAGAGAUGGCAUAAUACCAUUUCUUCAAGUAUUUGGUCAUGGAAAAGCAAAUGGUGAACCAACCUGGGCAUUACUUCUCACUGCUUUUAUUUGUGAGAUAGGAAUUCUCAUAGCUUCGCUGGAUAGCGUAGCACCAAUUCUUUCAAUGUUUUUCCUAAUGUGCUAUAUGUUUGUGAACUUGGCCUGUGCAGUGCAGACUCUUUUAUGCACUCCAAACUGGAGACCUCGUUUCAAGUACUACCAUUGGGCCCUUUCAUUCCUGGGGAUGAGUUUAUGUUUUGCCUUGAUGUUCAUUUGCUCUUGGUACUAUGCUUUGAUUGCCAUGCUAAUUGCAGGAUGUAUUUACAAGUACAUAGAAUAUAGAGGAGCUGAAAAAGAGUGGGGUGAUGGAAUCAGGGGAUUAUCUUUGAAUGCAGCUCGCUACGCUUUACUUCGGGUUGAACAUGGUCCUCCUCACACGAAAAACUGGAGACCUCAAGUCUUGGUUUUGUUGAAUUUGGACUCGGAACAGAUGGUUAAACACCCUAGAUUGCUUUCUUUCACCUCUCAGUUGAAGGCUGGUAAAGGAUUGACUAUUGUGGGCUCUGUACUACAGGGAAUCUACUUGGACAAAUACAUAGAAGCUCAAAAAGCUGAAGAGAAUAUUAAAUCCUUAAUGGGGGUAGAAAAGACCAAAGGAUUUUGCCAAAUCGUGGUAUCUCCCAGUUUUAGAGAUGGAAUGUCCCAUUUGAUUCAGUCUGCUGGUCUGGGAGGGAUGACGCAUAAUACAGUCCUGAUGGCCUGGCCACAGUCAUGGAAACAGACCGAUAAUCCUUUCUCAUGGAAAAAUUUUGUUGAUACAGUCCGAGAAACAACAGCGGCACAACAAGCUCUACUGGUCGCUAAAAACAUUGAUUUGUUUCCAGCAAAUCAAGAGCGCUUUUCUGAAGGGAACGUAGAUGUGUGGUGGAUUGUUCAUGAUGGUGGCAUGCUGAUGUUGCUUCCUUUCCUGCUUCGACAGCACAAGGUGUGGAGAAAAUGCAAAAUGCGUAUCUUCACUGUUGCCCAAAUGGAUGACAACAGUAUUCAAAUGAAAAAGGACCUUCAGAUGUUUUUGUAUCAUCUUCGACUUAAUGCUGAGGUGGAGGUUGUUGAAAUGUUUGAAAAUGAUAUUUCAGCAUUCACAUAUGAGAAGACUCUUAUGAUGGAGCAGAGAUCUCAGAUGUUAAAACAGAUGCAGCUGUCUAAGAAUGAAAGGGAAAGAGAGAUUCAGAGCAUCACUGAUGAGUCUCGAGGCUCAGUCAGAAGAAAAAGCUACUCUAGUCCACAGUCCAUUGGUCAAGAUAUACAGGCUCUGCUGCCUAAUGACAAUCCAGAAGAAGAGGCUCAGUUAAUCCAUGACAGAAACACUGCAUCCCAUUCAGCAGCAGUUGUUAAGUGUGAUGCUGCUGCUGCUACACCUGAAAAAGUGCAAAUGACCUGGACUAAAGAAAAGUUUAUAGCUGAAAAGCACAAAAAUAGAGAAACAAAUAUAACAGGUUUUAAAGAUAUCUUCAACAUGAAGCCAGAAUGGGGAAAUCUGAAUCAGUCAAAUGUGAGAAGAAUGCACACUGCUGUGAAGCUCAAUGGAGUAAUAUUAAAUAAGUCACAACGUGCUCAGCUAGUUUUAUUGAAUAUGCCUGGACCUCCUAAAAACAAAAAAGGGGAUGAAAACUACAUGGAGUUUUUGGAAGUUUUGACAGAAGGUCUCAACAGAGUUCUCUUAGUGCGAGGUGGUGGACGUGAAGUGAUCACCAUUUACUCCUAA